AUGCCUCUGAGUCAACUUUCAAGCACCACAGCCUACUCCUUAGCGACUCUUGAUCGCGACCAUGAAGGCAACACACCGCUAAUAGCUGCUGCACAGAUGGGAAACGCAGCAGCUGUUCUACAACAUCUUCAAGAGGCUGGCUGCGUCAAUAGGCAUGGCAUGGCCGCAAUCCACUAUGCAGCGGAGCGGGGAUACUCGGCGAUAGUGGAGAUGCUGAUUCCUGCAGAAGCACGGAAGGUCGUUCCUGCAUACCGCUUUUCCACUGCCACUUGGCGGAACGUAUCUGCCUUGAUGAUCGCCGCUUCCCGUGGUCAUGUUCCUGUCAUCAAAUUAUUAGCGCCCAAAGAAGGAGGAAUUCAGACCUUGUCCCUGCAAACAGCUCUCAUGCGGGCAGCCAUAGAUGGACAGGCUGCGGCUGUGCGGGAGCUUCGAGACUUAGAAGGUGCCAUAUUUGACGUUAAAGGUGAAACGGCGCUCAUGCAGGCUGCACGGUACGGGCGGACAGAGUGCGUUCGAUUGCUGCUGUCGAAAGAACGCACUCUUAAAGACCUAAAUGGGUGGUCUGCGCUUGUACAUGCAUCCUAUGGUGGACAUGCAGGAUCUGUGGCGAUGCUGGCUCCUUAUGAAAUGGAGAAGUACGGCCGCAUGGCUCUCGCUCAGACAGCGCGGGGAACUGGUCGAUUAACUGAAGAAAUGCGGCAAGCGCUUCGUGCAUAA